AUGCCCGGCAGCGAUGACAUCAUCGCCACCACCAGCGACUGCGGCGACGUCUUCCUCUUCAGCAGGGCUGCGCAGCGGCGGCGCUUGGGGCUCUCUGCCAGCACCGCCAAUGGCGGCAGUCGGGAGCAGCAACAGGGGCGGCAGUGGCGCGGCAUGGGCGCAGCGGCGAGCACGGGCGACGAGCCUAUGCAUGAUGCAGAGGCGGAGGCCGGUGCGAGUGGUGAGGACGAGGGAGCGGGGGAGGAGCAGGAGGUCUCCGACGACGGCUUGGAGGGCAGCGCUGAGGGCUUCAACCCCGAUUGCGUGCUGGAGGGCCGGUCAGGGGGCGGCUUUGGCCUCUGCUGGGACCCGGGGCCUGGCGGACGCACACUGCUAGCGGCCGGCAGUGGCGCCAGCGGCUGCAGCGGGGGCGGAGCCGUCCGAGGCGGCGUCGUGUGCGUGUGGGACACCGGCCGAGCGGCAGAGGGUGCGGCUCGGCUCGCGCCGCUGGCGACACUGCCCUCUGGCCAUGCCGCAGCCAGCGGCGCCAACGACGUGACCUGCGGCCCUGACGGCGGCGGCGCGUUUGCAACCGCGGGCGACGACGGCGCUGUGCGGCUGCACGACUGGCGGCAGGGUGGCAGUGGUGGCGGCGGCAGCGGCGGCGGCGGCAGCGCGCUGCUAUUCCAGUGCAGCCGCGGAGAGGCGCUGGAUUGCCUGCAGUGGGAACCACGCCCCGGCAGCCACCUCAUCGCCGCUGGUGGCGGCGAGGGCGCCCUGUACGUGGUGGACACGCGGCGCCCCGGCCACGCGUUGCUGGCGCGCCGGCAGCAUGCAGGCGCGGUGGCGCAGGUGGAGUGGGCGGCGAGCCUCAGUCUAUGCGAGGGGCUGGCCUGGAACCCUGAGCGCCCCUGGAUGGUGGCGUCGCUGGGGCGGGCGCCAAUGGAGGUUCCAAUAGAGGACGGCAGCGACGGCGACGGCGGCGGUGAUAGGGACGGCGGCGGUGGCGGCAAGUCCAAGCUAACCGAGGCGCCUGUGCUGCAGCUGUGGGAGCCGCUGGCGCUGUCAGUGGGGCUUGGGAAAGUGCGGUAG